AUGUCGAGGGAAUCCUCCAGGAAGCAACCUUCGAAGAAGGGGCUGUUUGACCCUGUGUCCUUUGCCAGGGACCUGCUGGCUGGAGGGGUCGCGGCCGCCGUGUCGAAGACAGCUGUGGCACCCAUCGAGCGGGUGAAGCUUCUGCUGCAGGUGCAGGCGUCCUCCAAGCAGAUAAGCCCCGAGAAGCGCUACAAGGGCAUGGUGGACUGCCUGGUGCGCAUCCCGCGGGAGCAGGGUUUUUUCAGUUAUUGGCGUGGCAAUUUUGCAAAUGUUAUUCGAUACUUUCCAACACAAGCUUUAAACUUCGCUUUUAAGGACAAAUACAAACAAAUAUUCAUGUCUGGAGUUAAUAAAGAAAAACAGUUCUGGAGGUGGUUUCUAGCAAACCUAGCUUCCGGAGGGGCUGCUGGAGCAACAUCCUUGUGUGUGGUGUAUCCACUAGAUUUUGCCAGAACCCGUUUAGGUGUUGAUAUUGGAAAAGGUCCUGAUCAACGGCAAUUCAAGGGUUUAGGUGACUGCCUUGUGAAAGUAGUAAAGUCAGAUGGAAUUAUUGGUCUAUACCAAGGGUUUGGUGUCUCUGUUCAGGGCAUCAUUGUUUAUCGAGCCUCUUACUUUGGAGCUUAUGACACCGUUAAGGGUUUAUUGCCAAAACCAAAGGAAACCCCAUUUCUUAUCUCUUUUAUCAUUGCUCAAAUCGUGACUACCUGCUCUGGAAUACUCUCCUAUCCCUUUGACACAGUUAGAAGACGUAUGAUGAUGCAGAGUGGUGAGUCUCAGCGGCAAUAUAAAGGAACCAUAGACUGCUUUCUGAAAAUAUAUCAACAUGAAGGAAGUGGUGCAUUCUUCCGUGGUGCCUUCUCCAACAUCCUUCGUGGUACAGGGGGUGCUUUGGUGUUGGUGUUAUAUGAUAAAAUCAAGGAAUUCCUUAACAUUGAUAUUGGAAGUGGUUCAUCAGGAGAUUAAAUUGAGAAGUGCAUAUUU